UUGCGUCUGAACCGUUGCUUCCGGGUGUCUUCAAUGAAGAAAUCUCUUUGCAUUUGAUGCUUUUUGUGUUUUCUAAGGUAAGCUAAAGGCUGACGUUUAGAAAAUGAACCGAAUAUUCGGACGAGGAAAACCCAAAGCGCCUCCUGCGAACCUGUCGGACUGUAUCGGCACUGUGGAUGCGAGGGCUGAGUCCAUUGAAAAGAAAAUUGGCAGGCUAGAUGCGGAACUCUUGAAGUACAAGGAUCAGCUGAAAAAGAUGAGAGAUGGGCCCUCGAAGAACAUGGUGAAGCAGAAGGCAAUGAGAGUCCUGAAGCAGAAGAGAAUGUAUGAAGGUCAAAGGGAGCAGCUGGCUCAACAAUCCUUUAACAUGGAGCAGGCAAACUACACGAUCCAGACAUUAAAGGACACCAAAACAACAGUGGAGGCCAUGAAGAUUGGUGCCAAGGAUAUGAAAAAGGCCUACAAGGACGUCAGACUUGAUCAAAUUGAUGAUUUACAGGACCAGCUGGAGGACAUGAUGGAUGAAGCCAAUGAGGUGCAAGAAGCCCUGAGCCGCAGCUAUGGCACUCCAGACAUUGACGAGGAGGAUCUUGAAGCAGAGCUGGAUGCACUGGGUGAUGAGCUGCUGCUGGAUGAUGACACCUCCUACCUGGAUGAGGCCUCAGCUGCCCCGUCUAUCCCUGAAGGAAUCCCCAGUGACAGCAAGACAAAUAAGGAUGGUGUGCUCGUGGAUGAGUUCGGCCUCCCUCAGAUUCCUGCCACAUAAACAAGAAGCAAAUAAAAACAGCUGCACUCGAACUGAAAACACUUUUAUAUGUAGAGUAACAUUUAUACAUGCAAAACCAUUUGACGUGAGAACACUACGAUUUGGAGGCUGUUCUGGUUUCAGGUUGUGUAUCGUUACUUCUACCGUGCUGGCAUGUGGCCUUGUAACAUACUAAACCUUUUUUUUUAGACAUAAUUCCCUUCAUCUUCUCUUCCUUUCAUCAUCAACAGCUUGUCUGUGUCGUUCAUUAGUGUUCCUUAGUGUUCCUUAGUGUUUAUUUAUUUCUGUUUGUUAUUAAUUUUGUGUGAUUUUUAGUCACUAAGAUCGUGUCUGCAUUCUCAAAAGUGGAGGUUAUUCACACUUGGGCUGUUUAAAAUAUCUGCAGGGUUAUUUGAAACAUGCAAAAUAAAAAUGUUUGUUUUAAAUCA